AUGUUGGGAUAUCAACACACAGCACCAUCUAGUUCCAUGGUGCGUAACUGCGAGUUAUCUGGUCUUAAAGAUUUGAAUCAACGAUCAGAAGUCAGAACAUGUUUGUCAACAAAUAGUAAACUACAUAAAUCGUCUCAUCGAUCUUGGAGUAGCUGGAUUCAGAUAUACUGGUUUCCACAAUGGGGGCUUCUUGCUUCUAACGAUGCUUUAACCUUCAUCGACGAUCAUGAUAACCAACGAGGACACGGUGCAGAAGGCAACAUCCUGACAUACAAACAAGCCAAGCAGUACAAGGGAGCUAUAGCCUUCAUGUUAGCUCAUCGUUAUGGACAACUUCAGUUGAUGAGCAGUUUCGCCUUCACUGACACUGAAGCUGGACCUCCUCAGGACGGGAAUGGAAAUAUCAUCUCAUCUUCUAUCAAUUCUGUGAGUACA